GCGUGCCUCUGUGUGUGCGUGUGUGUAGGGGAGGCUGGAGCGGGGUGGGACCGAAGAGCCGUGAUUACAGCUCUCCCCGGAGAAGAAGAUUGCUCUCUCCAGAUGCUGAUUUCUGAAGCACUUGGCAAUCAUCGGGCGGGAGCCUGGAAGACUCGGCGGUAGCCGCCCCGGCCCCGGCGAUGGCAGCGGCGGGCGAGCGGGCGGCGGUGCGGGGCUGAGGGGCAGCCCCGGGAGGCCACGCUGCCGGCCGGACCCGACCCCGACGAGCCCGAGCCCGAACUCGCCCGGGCGCGGCUCUGCCCCGAUUCCCCCCGCCGCUCCUCUCCGCCCCGCUCCCCGCCGCCGGCCCGCUCAGGUGUGCCCCCACGGCGGGAGGGGCGGCGGGGCACCCCUGCGGUGACCCCCGGCGGCGGCGGCUCCCGCGGGCCGCAGGGCGAGGGGGUGCCCCGCUGCAGCCGCCCCCUCGGGCCGGAGGAGGCUCCCGCUCCCCCGGGGAUGGGUCCCCGCCGGGGCUGAGCGCCCCACCGCCGCCACCACCGCCGCCCUCCCGCCCGCCCGCCCGUCGCGGCGCCGGCCGGCGUGGGCGAGCCGGCGAGCAGCCAUGGCAGCGGCCAUCGCCAGCGGCUUGAUCCGCCAGAAGCGGCAGGCGAGGGAGCAGCACUGGGACCGGCCCUCGGCCAGCAGGAGGCGGAACAGCCCCAGCAAGAACCGCGGGCUCUGCAACGGCAACCUGGUGGACAUUUUCUCCAAGGUCCGCAUCUUCGGGCUCAAGAAGCGGCGGUUGCGGCGCCAAGAUCCCCAGCUCAAGGGUAUAGUGACCAGGUUAUAUUGCAGGCAAGGCUACUACUUGCAAAUGCACCCCGAUGGAAGUCUCGAUGGAACCAAGGAUGACAGCAGUAAUUCUACUUUAUUCAACCUUAUACCAGUGGGACUUCGAGUUGUUGCUAUCCAGGGUGUAAAGACUGGGUUGUAUAUAGCCUUAAAUGGAGAAGGUUUCCUCUACACAUCAGAACUUUUUACGCCAGAGUGCAAAUUCAAGGAGUCUGUUUUUGAAAAUUAUUAUGUAAUCUACUCAUCCAUGCUCUACAGACAACAGGAGUCCGGGAGGGCCUGGUUCUUGGGGCUGAACAAAGAAGGGCAGGUCAUGAAAGGAAACAGAGUGAAGAAAACAAAACCAGCAGCUCAUUUUCUACCCAAGCCAUUGGAAGUUGCCAUGUACCGAGAACCAUCUUUGCAUGAUAUUGGAGAAACGGUGCCAAAGGCUGGGGUAACUCCAAGUAAAAGCACAAGUGCAUCUGCAAUAAUGAAUGGCGGCAAACCAGUUGUUAACAAGAGUAAGACGACAUAGCCAGAUCCUCACAGGUGUUGUGACUUACUGAGUCCCGAGUACAGUUGAGCGAUUUAUCCUUGCCAGACUUCCCCUCUGCGGUGUCUGUGGAUCAGCUUGCGGCAAGUCACAGACUUGCCCGUUGCUGUUUCUGAACUGAGUUGUUGCAAGUGGAUAAAUCUCAACAUGUAGCUCCACCCACAACAAGAAGACACCUGGAUGAACCAGCUAAACUCAGACCAUGGAAUGCCCUACCAGAUAUUGGAAUGCCUUUUUAAUAUCUUUUCUGUGACUGUGACACUUCAUGUGAAUGACAUACUUCACAAGUACACUUGAUACCUUGCCUGCUGACAAUUGCCCAUAAUCCCUUUUUGAGUCCAGUUUCAGCAAAAUCCAUGUGUUUAAGUUCUAUUUUGUAGCACACAAAUAAUCAAGUAAUUUCUAGUUAGAUGCUGUAAACCUGUGCUAUUAUGGAUUUCUCUUCUUCCCUUUUUUAUAAGGCUGCUCGCUCCACUGUCUGUGACCUUUUGCAGGGAUUGUGUUUCUCUAUAACUUAAGUGUUGCCGAUGGCUUAGUUUCGAAAGCAAUCAGGGAAUCAGGAAGCCUUCAAAAAUCUAUUAUUACAAAUUAUAUCUAUAAAGAAUAGGAUUGUUGUCUCUGGCUUACAAUAUUGAUUAAAUGUGAAUACUCUUUAGUGACAGAUACUGUGCUUCUGAGGUUGGCAUUAUAGUGGAGGGAAGAGUGUCAAACACAACCAACGGGAAGUUUUCUGAAACGAGUGUUUGGCAUCCCCCUAUAGUUUCUUUUUGUGUGUGUGUUUUAUACAUAUCACAGGCUUACUGGUAAUGGUAACAUUUGCCUUGCCCAGCGAGCAAGACCCACUCAUUUUUGGGAAAGUGGGUCCAAAGAAUUUUGUAGGCCUUGUAGGCCUGAAUUAAGGCUCAUUUUUCAUCUACUAAAUCUUCAUUGUUUGAAAAACAACCACCACCAAUAAAAAAAAAAAUAAGUAAGACUAACCAGAAUUGUGCUACCUAAAUCCGUUUCAAAUAUAAUCCUUUCCUGUUUUUAAGGAACUGAACUUAAUGCCAUUGUUAUUUUUGGCUGAAUCCCACACCUACUUAGCAAAGCAUGGGCAAGGAUGUUGUUGUGUUCUUUUUUGCAGCACCAAUGCAAAGGGUAGUUACAAAUGAUAGUUUAAUAUUUCUGGUGUUUUAAAAAAAAAUGUUUUAAAACUGGACAUAUUACAAAACUUUAUUUUUAUUUUUAGCUAAGCAUGCGAAGUCCGUUCCUAUGUAUCUCACUGAUAUCCCAGUACGUACCUCCACCCAGCUUCCUAGGAUAAUAUGCCCACCAAAUCGCUAGAUUGAAGGUGCCUUGCCUUGAUCUCUGUAUACUGUACUUUCUCCUACAUGAUCCUAGAAGAAAUCAAAAACACUAUAAAAAUUGAAGCCUUGGAUCAUAUAACCAGAAACAUCAACCCUUUGAGUUUGUCACUUGUGAACAGUUAAACCAAUGUUGGGGGGGGUGAGGAGGAAAGAGUUAGAGGAUGCCACAGUGAUGCCACUGAAGUGUUGCACACUUAGUCACAGGCUGUCAGAAGACGAAAAAUAUGGGUACUCACUCUCUGUAUGCUUAAGAAGGUAUUUGUUUCUCCGAAAGGGGAGCAAGGACCAAACUGUACCUCAGUCUGGAAAACUGUGUGGCAAUGCUCUGUUGGCCUCUUGCUGUUACCUUGAUAUUUAAAGACAAAACAAGGAAAUCAUCCAUUCCUUUUUCAGCACUGUAUUUCUGACAGAUUGUUUUAUCACAUCUUUGUGCUGAAGUCCCUGACAGAGACCGCUGGUUAUUUCAAACUCCCUGUCUGCUCAGCUGAACAACUGGUUCAGUCUGAAUGAACUCUUCAUGCUAGUUUUCAAACAUGUUCUGUUUUUAUAAGCACCAUUUAGUGCACUCUUGAAGGAGAUUCCUGUGAAGCUGCUAAAUUCUAGAUAAACUUUUUUUUUUCCCUGUAGGCCAGACUUCCUUGUUUAUAUAUGUAAUAUGAGAACAGCAAGCUAACACUUGAUGCUGGGUCUUUCUAGGGAGGGAAUGAGUUAAGCAUGAAGCCCACUAUCCAUGUAGAGAAAAAAAGUACAAACCUACUCUAAUACUGUGAGAAAAAUGCAAAGAAACUUUGACUUAGACUGUGCCCUUGCCUGCUAGCACUAAAUACGUGUGCGUGGGGAAAACAACACUUUAUUAAAAACUUCGGUGUACCCUUCUCGUCCCAUCUCGUCCAGCGGGAUUUGCACCGUCCCCAAGAAAACAAAACCAAACCGAAGAACUCGCGUGGUGAGCGGGGGGCUUGCUCUGCACCGGGGGGACCCGGGGGAGGCAGCAGCCUUGAAAUUGUACUCUCGUCUGCUGACCCCAGGCUUUCCUACAGUUAGCAGAGGAGCGCUUCACAAUAUUUUGAGUAAGAUAAUACAGCUGAGGUCUACAUUUUCUUUCUCUCUCACCUGAAUUUCGUAAGAGUUCACGAGGAGGAAAUACAUGUGUUCAUGUCCCAUCCAGCCAGCUUUUUACUCUCCCGGUGUAAGAGCCUGGGGAGAGACAGGGUUGGAGACCUGGCUGAGCCAUGAAGGAGGUUCUGGUUCAUGGCCUGAUGCUACAUAAGUAUUGUUUUCAACAUUAAACUUUUGAUCCUGAGGAACUUUGAUCUGUGAACCAGUUUGGGGGGCUAGAAUUAAGGCCAGAUUUCAUUUUUGUAAGCAGUUAGUACAUCCUGGAAAUGCAGCAUUUUUUUUAAAUCAUUUUCCAUUUUUGUUUCUGUGAGCGAAAUCCAUAUGUGUGUUUGAUCCAAUGAAUAGAUGUCCUACAAAAUAUUUUUUCUACAACAUGUUUAAAUGUAGCCAAGAGGUCUUUGUGCUUUUUUUCCUCCCUUUGAUUUUGUAUCGUCUCACUUGUUGCAUGGGAAGAGGAUGGCAAGGAUGAACUGCAUGUAGUAGGUUCUGUCUGUCAAAGAACUGUUGGUCUGUAUUACUAAAUUUACAUCCAUAUAUGCAAAGAGUUUGUCUGCAUUGUACAGUUUGUGUUUAUUCUUAUUUGUUGUAUACACAGAUUCAACAUGAUGAAUAAAACAUUUAUAUGAAGGCAUACCAGAAAACAACAAAAAAAGUUUUAUGAAAGAAGUAGACUGUGCAAAACAUCAGCGCACUGGCCACAGGAUGGUGAAACUUCAUGUAAAUAGGUUGGCAAACUCAGUUCUCCCCUUUUACCAUGCCAAAGAAAAUUUUAGCUCCUUAAUAUAAUACCUCUCUCUCUUGCUGUUCUCCAGGAUGAGACUUCACCAUUUUCUUCCCUCUAAAAUUGAUUUUGCUGUUAAGUGAAAGCUGUUUUCAACUGUCUGUUACUACUAAAGUACUGUAUAGUAAACCUGAUGGAAUCAAUUUGUAUUUACAGAUUGGGGUUUUUGUACUUACAUGUCCAGCUGUCUGUGAAUCUGCAGCGUUCCAGAUCUUUUGCAUGCUUGCUUUGUAUUUUGUUCUUCUUCUGGGUUUUAUCUAAUCUCUGAGAGACUGUUUGCACAGCAAUCAUCUUACCAUUUUGUAUGUUAACACUGCACAUAGUCACUCUCUCUGUCUUUUUUUUUUUUUCAAUCUGUAUUUCAGCUACAGUUCUAUUUGACAAAAUCAGUCACACCUGCACAGUUUUAGAAAUCCAGUUUUAAGUAGAUAGGAACUACUUCAACAAAGCACCGUUUUGUUGUACUUCAAAAAUUUUAUAAAUACACAAGAAUCCUUUUGAGAUUGCUCACAUGAUAGAGCCUAUAGAAAGGUGUCUAUAGCUUUUAAGUGCUUGGUAGUUCACAUAACACAGCUUUUGCUUAAUUUGCUGGGGUGUUUAGCCACUCUCAAAUAAUUUUUUGAUAUAGUGUCAUUUUCAUAAACUUCAACUUGUGUAGAGUCAGGUUGGUUCUUAACAAGCCCCCUCCCCCCCAAAUACCAUAGUCAAAGUGAAUCGCUUUAUAUGUACCUGAAACAACACUAAGAAAUCUGACUUUUUUUUUUUUUUUUUUUUUUUAAACUUUUUCUCUUGGUUUGAAACCACUGUAAGCAAUGAGGUAUGAAGGCAGGCAGUUUAGUCCAUGCCUUAAAAGUAUGUCUUGCUGAUCCAUCUGUUUAUUGGUAUAAAGAAGAAAUUAUCUCCUCCAUUCAAAUGGGAAUGCAAGUAAAAUUAGACUAAGGAAGGAGGUUAUCUUUCUUUUAAAUGGUUCUUCAGAUAAAUUCAUAUUCCGUGCAAUGCAUUUUAAAGUAUCUAAUAACAGGAGGUUUUCUGUGAUAACUAAUGCAAAUGCUAUGACUUAUUUUUAAAGAUGUAAUAAAAUUUUUGUUCUGUUACCUAGUCACAGAAAUAUUCAGCUUAGCUUUCUUCAUCCCAGUAUCAUUUAGCUGUAUCAUUUAGCUACAAAGUGAGAUGUCAUUCAGUAAAGAAGCAAGGGCAGUGCAUCAGAAGUGUCAGAGCAGGUACAUGAUUAAAUGCUCAUCUGCGUGUUUCUAAAAGAGUGUAUGGCCAGGGAAAAAAGGAUUACAAAGUAGGUUAAUAAUUUACGAAGCAAAUCAAUCCACAGCUGUUUUAUAGGUGAUAUUACAGAUAUGUUAUAUACAAUAGGCAUAAUCCUCCAAGUCUAUUGUAGAAGCGUUUGGCACACUUCUGGAUUGUGUUCUUUCUCUCAUAAGAAGAAAGCAAGGUUAUAGUAUCUUUUGUUUAUAAGGUUUAUCAAUCUAGCCAGUACAAAAUCCCCAUCUAUCCAAUUUGGUUUUGCCACCUAGAACUGCCUUUUGCCACAGGCUUGGAAGCAAGUUUUUACAGUCACUAGGUAUGAAAAAUCAAGCAGUAAGUUUCACACCCUUACACCUCUUCCUGCUUUUACAGUUUAUGUAUAUCUGGAAUUCCCAUCACAGGGAAUGAGGUGUAAAAAAAAAUCACAAUUUAUUAAUACAGCUAUUAUUUUCACAUACGUGGAAUAAUAAUCUUAUUCCUUCCAGUCUCAUUUUUCUAGUGAGGAGAUGAGCCACAAAACAGAACUGCUGGGAGUUACAUCACCAGUUACCUCAGCAUGAAGCAUGGGGGGGAUGUUCAAGCAACAUUAUAAGAAACAGAAUAAAAAUUGGAAAGGAAUUUAUGUAUACAUUAUAUUUUUAGUAGUCUUAGUUAAUGCUUUAAGGUUUAUAGCGAUAGCACCAUUUUGUUUGAUAAUUUACAUUUUAAUGAACCACUGACAGUAGCUGUCUUUUAGAAUAUUCUAAUAUUUUUCCAUAUGUACCUUAACACACAACUUGGAUAACACUUUUUGAAAUGCUAUGGCUAUGUAACCCAUCCGGUAGCCGAAAUGUUGGAGUUGAUUGUUUUUUUUUUUAAAAUUCUAACUAGAAAUCAGAAUCCUCUUACACUCUUUUAAGUAUAUAAAUUUAAAAUGAAAGCAAAUUACAAAGUAAAAUGCAUCAAAUAUGACACUGCAACCCUCUAAAGAAUUGUUCUUUUCUCUUUGAAUAAGAGUACCUGAAAUACCACGGCUGAUCUACGGGAUAUAUAAAUCCGCGUAUCAUGCCAGGAAACAAGUCAAAAGCAUCUACUGAACCUAGAUAAGAGUUUUGAUUAUCUAGUACUUUCUUGUUACGGUACUAAAUAGAAAUGGAAGGAAAUCAGGGAAAACUUUGUAUCUUUCAUUGUUUACACUCUGAUUCAGCAGACGAAUGUAUAUGCGAAAAGACUCUAAGAUGUUUUAGAUGAUGUAGGUCAGUGGUAUUCAUAAAUAUAAACAAAACCAACAAUCUGUGGUCUCCAGACACCAGGAUUGACAAAAUGCAUAUAUGUUAAAUUUUAAGAAAAUAUUCCUGUUAAGCUCUACAGAGUGUAAGGGUUAUAAGUAUAAAAUAUAAACUAUAAUUUUCAAGAUUAAUUUUACUUUGAAGAUUCCUUAUACUGUAUCAAUACAUUUUAGAACUCUGCCUGAUAUUUUGGUUAUCUAAAAAGAGAGCAGCUAGCAGCAUUGGGAUGUAUGUCUCUAUUUAUCUGCAUAACUUCUAUAGAAGUUAUGCAUGGACGUUUGGUGAUUACACUCCCUGAGAACACAGGUUUCACAAGCUUCAUUUUUAGAAAGAAAGAAUCCAGGUUAAGGAAAAAAAUUGGGUAAGAGAAAGAGCAAGCUACAUGGGAAGGGGUAAUAAUAAAAGUGAUUAAAUAAAUUCAUUCAAAUUUUUUGCAUUCUAUUACAUGUCCUGUACCAUUGUAUUUUCCUAUUUCAAAAUUAUCCUUUCUAAAAGAAAACUAAUUUCUAGACUAAUAAUGGAAAUACCUUUUUUGGUUGAUAUAUAGUUCCCUUAUUUCUGAGUCAUGUACUUCUUCAAAAAUCAGGACCUUGGCACCUAAACCACAAUGUUACAGUUUGGUAUUAAAAGAAAUAUUUUCCAGCCAUUUAAGCAAUUUCUCGCUCAAUCGUGGUUUCACAAAAUGUAAACACUUUUGAAACAAAAAUGUAUGUAUCUUUUUUUUGCUCGAAAGAAUUAAAGGGCUGCCAAAUCUACAUGUACAAAAAAAAAAUAAGAGACUUACUUAUAUGUAAAUAAGUUAGGGAAGUCCCAAUAGUUGUGCAUCAUUCAUAACUCAAUGUGAACUUCACACUGAGCAGCAUUUCACCAUUGGAAAAAUAAAAAUAAAAUUUUUGUUCAUA